GGCUGUUUCUUUGCCGGCACUCCUUCACCGAACUCAUCCAGUCGCCGUCUCUUCCUCUCAGCUCGCCAAGGCAAUGCCCACCUCCGCCCAAGAAAUCUCUUGCGUUUCUCCCUAAGAUUUCCUCUUUUGGUAUCCACUCCUGGCUUGAGGGAUCCGCAAACCUCCUGUUUCAUGGUUGCAGUUCCUCUUCUUUGAUGGGAAAAUCACUCCUACAGGGUUUCUUCUUGGAACCCCACUUUCCUCUUUCUUCCUCUCCACCUACUUCGCGUUGCUGUUUUGGCUGUAAGUUUCCUCUCAACCAACAUGCCUUGGACUGAUUUUACCUGCUCCAGUUCGUGUUGAUGCGCCAUUGUGCUACGCACCAUGAGGACUGAGGAGAGCUUGAAAGACGGGGCUUUGCCACAAGAGUAGAGCUUGGAGAGAUAUGUGAAGGCUUAGUGGAUCUCGUAGUCUGGUGACGGCAGGAUGUAUCGAAGGUGCGAGCUUUCUUGUCGGUGGAUCUUUUGUGUUCUGGCCGUUUCUUCAUCGAUUUGUAGACUGGAAGGGCUUAGCAUGCCUAUUGCACCAGUUUCAUCACCCUACUCUUCACAGGGAAAAGAUAUAGAAAGCCAUUCUGUACAAAUUGGGAAUUCUGAGAGAGAAUUGGCACCUAGUUCAGUCACUUUCCUCAAAGCAGGUCAUAAGAGGUCAACAGCUAGCAUUCCAAAUGGAAAGCAUCGACCAAAUUCUCUUGUGGCUUCAGGUCUUCCAAGAUUCUCAAAUCCAAGUCCAUCCAACAAGCCACCAAUUGUACCAAAAGUAGCUCCAACAACUGCAUUUGCUACACCCAAUAACAAACUUCAUGGAUCUGCAUCAUCAUCUAAAUCAAUUACCAGUCAUGGCCAUAGGGGGAAGAGCUUUGGCAUGCUAGUUGCUUCCCCACCAAUCGAUACUCAGAGGGAUAUAUCUCCAACAUAUAACUCACCCUCAAAAGCUCCUACAGUCAUUCCAGCUCCUGAUGUCUUCCCUAAGCAUAAACAAAAUCAUGCUUCUCUACCAUCUUAUCAAGCCCCUUCUUUGGCUCCUAUCCUGCCUCCAGCUCCUUCACCAUCACCAUCACCAUCACCAUCACCAUCACCAUCGCCAUUAAUAAAUUCUGGAUCUAAUCAAGGGUUAGGCCAUUCUCCCAAAAUUUCUCCAUCUGGCUCUACUUGGACCUCAAAAGCAGUCCCACCAAUGCCUAUAUGGUUGCUACCACCUCCACCUCCUAAUUUGGUUUGUAGUAUGUUGGCAUGUGCAGAGCCUUACACAAAUCCACCUCCUGGAUCGCCAUGCAUGUGUGUAUUGCCAAUCAGAGUUGGACUUUGUCUCAGUGUCACUUUAUAUACCUUUUUUCCUCUGGUCUCUGAGUUUGCCCAAGAAAUUUCCUAUGGAAUCUAUAUGAAGCAAAGUCAAGUGCGCAUUAUGGGAGCAAAUGUUGCCAGUGAGCAGCCUGAGAACACAAUCGUUCUCAUUGAUUUGGUGCCUAGUGAACAGAAGUUUGAUAAUAUUACAGCAUUGUUGACAUUUGAGAAGUUCUGGAAUAAGGAUAUUGUCAUAAACAAAUCACUUUUUGGUAAUUAUGCUGUAUUAUAUGUUAUUUAUCCAGGACUUCCUCCCUCACCACCUAGAGCUCCUGUUGGCAUUAACAUUAGCGGGGAAUUUGACAAUAACAACAAUGGCAGGACAAUGAAGCCUCUAGGAGUCGAUGUGAGAAAACAAAAACAAAAGACCAGCAGGAAUUGGACUCCCGUUAUUGUUCUUUCAUCAUUUACAGCGUUAAUAUUGUGUGUGGGGGCUAUAUGGCUUCUGUUGAAGCAUCAAGGUCACAGUCAUCUGCCUGAAAUAGAUCUUCAUAAAACACUUUCUUUAUUUGGGAAAUCACCAGGUACAAGACACAUCAUAUUAGGAAGUAAGCUUUUUUCAGAAUCAGCUUCCAUUUGCUCUAGUGUCACAACAUAUAAUGGAUCAGCAAAGACAUUUACUUUAGCUGAGAUUGAGAGAGCUACAAACAGAUUUGAUGAAGCCAGAGUUAUUGGAGAAGGUGGUUUUGGCCGUGUCUAUCAUGGUGCACUUGAAGAUGGAAUUCAGGUUGCUGUAAAGGUCCUUAAGAGAAAUGACCAGCAAGGUGGACGAGAGUUUUUGGCUGAGGUUGAGAUGCUUAGCCGUUUGCAUCACAGGAACUUAGUCAAGCUGAUUGGCAUUUGCAUUGAGGAUUAUACACGGUGCCUUGUCUAUGAACUAAUCCCAAAUGGUAGCGUGGAAUCUCAUUUACAUGGUGUAGACAAGAAAACUGCUCCACUUGACUGGAAUGCUCGUAUGAAAAUUGCACUUGGUGCAGCUCGAGGCCUUGCUUAUUUGCAUGAGGAUUCGAGCCCUGGGGUUAUACAUCGCGAUUUCAAGUCCAGUAACAUCUUGUUGGAGAAUGAUUAUACCCCUAAGGUGUCUGAUUUUGGUCUGGCUCGAACUGCCUUGGAUGAGGGAAAAUUGCAUAUCUCAACCCAAGUUAUGGGAACCUUUGGAUAUGUUGCCCCGGAAUAUGCAAUGACAGGGCACCUUCUCGUCAAGAGUGAUGUCUAUAGUUAUGGUGUUGUGCUUCUUGAGUUGCUCACUGGUAGAAAGCCAGUCGACAUGUUACGACCCUCAGGUCAGGAAAAUCUGGUUACAUGGGCUCGUCCUCUCCUUACGAAUAUGGAUAAUUUGAAGAUGAUCGUCGAUCCAGUUCUUGCGACAAGUGUUCUGAUAGAUAGUGUGGCAAAAGUUGCAGCGAUUGCAUCAAUGUGUGUCCAGCCUGAAGUCUCCCACCGCCCAUUCAUGGGUGAGGUAGUUCAGGCCUUAAAGUUGGUAUAUAACGAAUGCAACCAGAUUAAUUUUACAACAAGAAGCUGCAACCAGGAUGAGUUCUCAACUCAAGAUGCAGGAGCUGGGGUCAGUAAUCUAUCAUGUCUUGAAUCUGAAAGGGUUCUAUUGGAAUUCGAUGGGUUGGAUAAAUCAAUAUUUGAUAAAGACGAAGCUAGUUCAUUCCAAUGGCACUCGGCCUCAGGCCCUUUGGCCAUGACCAAGAGCAAAGAGUUUUGGCAAAGACUAAGAAGUUUUUCAACUGGAAGUGUGAGUGAGCCCAAAGCUCCAAAUAGAUUUGGCACAAGUUCAACUUAUUGUAAAUAGUUAUCUUAGAAACUCUUUCUUAGCUAUCAUAAACCUUGAUGAUGAGCAAAAAGCAGAGCCGGGAAUCAGAUUCAUAGCCAAUUAAGGGAUCAAUCAUGCAAGACUCUUGAUAGUGAGGUCUCUACCUGGAACAUGAGAGAAUCUGCUGGGAGCUGAUUGAUCAGAACAGGUUGAUUUUGCUUUGAAUCUCAAAAUUUUAUCAUUAAUUGCUUGAUUGUAUGCUCUUUUCUUUUCUUUUUUUCCUUUUGUUUGGAUGAUCUGCCUAUUCUUUGUCUUUCGCAAAUAAUUUUUUUAGGGUGUGUUUCCAAUUUUGAUGGUUGUAUCCUCGAAUGUUAAAUAUGUGAAACCAUCAGAAAUGAUAGAGUUCUAAAAAAAUUACGGCAA